ACCAACCAACCUUUGGUAAGCUCCACGCGUACUACCGAUGACUAUGAGCAGCUGAUAAUCGACCCUCCCUCUUUCCCACCAUCCAACUCGGAAGAGCCUCAGCUAUACGCUGUCGCCACGCCUCAUCCUACCCUACAAUACAUAUAUCCAGUUUACGCCGCUCCUAUGGACCUGUCCAAUAUGCCCGAGAAAAAGGGAAGGUCCUCCCCUUUAACUUGGAGAAGCGAAAAGUCUAGAGCAAAAAAAGAAAUACAAAUCGUUACGGAACAUCAGCAAAGAUUCCCAGUUCCAGUCCAAAUGGGCGAGGAGCCGGUCAACGAGGAUGGCACCUGGUACCACUUUCCGGGGACUGUGGACUACAUUCGGCCGGGGACUACUCUUCCCCAGGUCUAUGCGGAGGGAGGAGUACCGAUCCAGGGGAUGGAGGAGGCAAUGGAGGAACAAGCAUCAAUGGCGGGUACUGCUUAUGAAGAGUCGUACUAUUCCUACCCAGCGACUCCCCAAUACCAAGGAUAUCUUCACCCUCAGCCUCAAAGGAUGGUACCUUCCGAAGUUUACUCUGCAGUACCAUCGAACCAUUACCCCCGUGCCCGCUCCGUCUCACCAGUUCAGACCAGGGCUAUCACACCCGUAAAUGUCAAGCCAAGGCGCGCGACAACACCCACACCUCGAAGAUCCAGAACACCAAACUAUGAGCCGGCACCUCCCGUCCCCCAGACAAUCGUCCCGGUCCCCCAUAGGUCAACAACUCCGCACUCAAAAUCACGACCACAAGCGUCUUUGACACCCUCACCAAUCCCGGACGCUCGCGAAUAUAGAACCGAGCCCAGAGGAUCUCGUGAACGGACCCCACACGACAACAGACAGCUGAGAGUCGAUUUUUCAGUGCCUACCUCUGGGAGGACAUCACGAACAUCGAGGAGGCCUUCAGCAGACGAAGAUGCGACUGCGAUCUCUUCCAGUGUACCUCAUGAAUCGACCCUAACGAACUACAAAUCUAGCAACCAUCUCAGGCCGUAUAGCCCCACGUCAUCACCUAAUGUAUCUCAACAUGCCUCACGUUCCAACUAUAAGCAUUACAAGAAUUACCCAUCUUCAACUUGUGCG